CCCCAUGCAAAGUUGUUUUUGUAGCAAAAGAUGUGAAGAGAUAUCUUUCGGACUUGGGUCACGUUUGGGAAAAUAUAUUUCAGUGGGUGAAAAUUUAACAUGGACAUUAUGGAAAGGUGGGUAUUCUCCUGAUAACGAAGCUGAGAGUUAUGGCAAGCUGAAUGUUGCUCUUAAUGUGAUGCAUGAGUGUUUUGAGCCUGUUAAAGACCCUGAAACUCAAAGAGAUCUUGUUGAAGAUGUCAUUUUCUGUCGACGAUCUGAGUUGAAUCGUUUGAACUUUCAAGGAUUCUUUACUGUGAUUUUGGAGAAAAAUGAUGAGAUGGUUUCAGUGGCUAACGUUAGGAUUCAUGGAGAGAAAGUUGCAGAAAUGCCACUUGUAGCCACUAGGUUUCAGUAUCGCAGAUCAGGAAUGUGCCGCAUCUUGAUUAAUGAGCUUGAAAAGAUGUUAAUGGAAUUAGGUAUUCAGAGAAUUGUAUUACCAGCAGUUCCUAGUGUAGUCAACACUUGGAAAAACGCAUUUGGAUUUUCUGAAAUGAGAGAUUGGGAAAAAUUAAUGUUCCUGAAUCACACCUUCCUAGAUUUUCAAGGCACUGUCAUGUGCCAGAAGAUGUUGCGAAACGAGUCUUUACUCCAAAUACAAUUAUUCCCUUCCUCAGAAAGCGAGAUAGAAGUUUGUAACAUAGCUCCCGAAAGCAAUGGUAUGCAUUUGGAGGCCAAUAAGAAUAACAAAGCUGAAGAGAAUAGAAUAUUGAAACAAGAUUCUUCUUCAAACAAAUGUAUUCCCCACCAAGAGGUAUUUAGUAAGGAUAGCUCAGUUGUUGCAAGUGCAGAAUUAGGGGUGCAAAAGACCCAAUUUACUAGCUUCGUCAAGUUUUACAAACGGAGAUGCAAAUUUGACGACUCAAAGGCUUCGCGAGGUAUAUUAGAUACAACUCAAUUGUUUUAGGGAAUGUAUUCCCUACCAAGAUGUAUUUAGUAAGGAUAGCUCAGUUGUUGCAAGUGCAGAAUUGGGGGUGCAAAAGACCCAAUUUACUAGCUUCGUCAAGUUUUAUAAAUGAAGAUGCAAAUUUGGUGACUCAAAGGCUUCGCGAGGUAUAAUAUAACUCAAUUGUUUUAGCGAACCUUUUUUUACACAAACACUUACACGAUAUAAUAUAAUUGUAUUUUGUGGAAGACUAGCUGGUUAGAGUACUCCAAUUUCAAUUUGAAUUUUUGGGGAAGUUGAUUUGCAAUUUCUUUGAUUAUCUUCAGAUAAAUUUUCUUGAGGAUAAUC